AUGUGGAAGAUAGGUGCUUCUCUUUUUGCCACAAAUAUUGGCAGUGGCCACCUUAUCGGCCUGGCUGGGAUAGGAGCAUCUUCAGGUAUUGCUAUUGGGGCCUUCGAGUGGAAUGCUAUAUUUCUGAUCUGUAGUCUUGGUUGGAUAUUUGUUCCUAUUUACAUUAAUGCUGGGGUUGUGACAGUGCCAGAAUAUUUGAGGAAGAGGUUUGGUAGCUACCGGGUCGAGCUUCUCUUCUCUGUUUUGUAUUUAUUCCUGUAUAUCUUCAGUAGGAUGUUGUUGGAGAUCUGCUAUGGUGUCAUGUUCCUGAGGAUAGUUUGGAGGAUGGAUGUUUACCAGGCCAGCCUGAUCUUAUUGACAGUUGCUGGCAUUUAUACCAUCACAGGUGGCUUGGCAGCUGUGGUUUAUACUGAUAUCUUACAUGCUGGCUUUAUACUUUUGGGAUCAAUCUUGUUAAUGGGUUAUGCCUUUAAUAAAGUGGGAGAAUACCAGGGACUGCUGCAUAAGUACUUCAACGCCAUACCAAGUGUAAUCAGUGAAGGCAACUGGACUGCCAAGCCGGACUGCUACCUUCCUCGCCCAGAUUCUUUCCAUAUCUUCCGAGAUCCGAUCACUGGAGACAUCCCCUGGCCUGGGCUCGUCUUUGGCCUCUCUAUCCUCUCCUUGUACUACUGGUGUACAAAUCAGGUAAUUAGAGACAUUGUCACUGAA